UUUUUUUAACUUUUUUUUUAGCAGUUGUUCAAACAAAAAACCGAGUUAACCAAUAAUCACUCACCGCUAAAAAAAAUUAAAAGUACAUUUCUUUUUGACCAAAUACAGUGGUAAGAGCAACCACGUUUUUCCAAAUCAACAACCAUGAGUGACUUUAAUUUUGGCGGAUCCCAAAUCAGCCGCAAUGAAAUCUUCCAAAUGAUUAUCCGCGUAUCGCUUGCUUCAGUUGUUACCUAUUUUUCAGUCAAAUGGAUGAUGAAACAAAUAGAUCCAACUAGCAAGAAUAAACGUAAAGCUAAAAUACGUGCUGAAGAGCAAUUAAAAAGACUUGCCAAAGGAAGCAACUUUGAAUUGAAAACACAGACUCUCAACGAUUAUGAGUUGAUGAUUGCCUCGCACUUGGUUGUCCCCGAUGACAUUCCAAUCAGCUGGAAAGAUAUCGCCGGUUUGGAUAGUGUCAUCCAGGAAUUGAGAGAGUCUGUUGUAUUGCCUGUGAGGCAUAGAGAUUUGUUUAAUCAAUCGAAAUUAUGGGAAGCUCCAAAGGGAGUAUUGUUGCAUGGACCACCUGGAUGUGGUAAAACCUUGAUUGCCAAAGCUACAGCAAAGGAAGCUGGCAUGAGAUUCAUCAAUCUGGAUGUGGCAAUGCUCACAGACAAAUGGUAUGGUGAAUCACAAAAAUUAGCUUCAGCAGUCUUUUCGCUGGCCGUCAAGUUGGAACCUUGUAUCGUUUUCAUUGAUGAAAUUGAUUCAUUCCUUCGUAAUCGUAGCACAAACGAUCACGAAGCCACAGCCAUGAUGAAAACUCAGUUUAUGAUGAUGUGGGAUGGUUUGAGCACUCGAGCUGGAUCGACUGUUAUCGUCAUGGGUGCAACCAAUCGUCCCCAAGAUCUCGAUAAGGCAAUUCUUCGCCGAAUGCCAGCUCAAUUCCACAUCGGCCUGCCCACCGAUGCACAGCGUUUGCAAAUCUUGAAACUUGUUCUCGAAUUGGAAAAUAUAAGUGAAUCAGUCGAUUUUAAUCGUCUAUCGAAACUUACCAAAGGUUUCUCUGGAUCUGAUUUAAGAGAAAUGUGCCGAAAUGCUUCGGUUUAUAGAAUGAGACAAUUUAUGAGGGAUAAUGAGAGCGCUAUUAAUGCGGCUGAAAAUACAGAAGAAUUUCAUGAUGCAACAUCGAGUGAUUUGUUGGCGAUAUCAAUGGAAGAUAUGCUGAGGUCGUAUGAAAGAAUGAAAGAGUCGAAGAAACAUACACAGAAUCUUUUUGUUGAAAAUCACAUUGAACUUGAUUAAAUCAGUUUAAACUUUGUGAAUUAAAUUGUUUGGUGGUCAGGUUAUAAAUUUCCUCCUUUUUUAUUUUUUUUUUGUUUAUAUAGCUGAGGAGAUCUCAAAAAUACAAAAUAUACCAAAAUCUUGUCAGAGUACAAUCUUGAAAUCUUUUAUGUAACAUUUUAUUUAAGAAAAUACUAAAUUCCAAUAAAUUAUUUGAAAGUACAGCUUAGCUGGUAAUCUGCAAA